GGCUCUAGCCAAUCGCGUGCUUUCUUGUGUUAUUGUGCCGGAGAAACGCUCGCUGCUGGAUCAUUACUGCACCAUAUAGUUUAUAUUUACGUUUUCAUCUUUACAAUUUAGAGUUUAUCUUCAUUAUGCCGUAUGCCAACCAGCCUACAGUUAAAAUAACAGAGCUUUCGGACGAGAAUGUGAAGUUUUUAAUAGAAAACACCGAUCUCGCGGUGGCAAACUCUAUUCGACGAGUGUUUAUGUCUGAGGUGCCAACUAUCGCUAUCGACUGGGUUCAGAUCGAUGCCAACUCUUCUGUACUCCACGAUGAGUUUAUUGCUCACAGAGUGGGUUUAAUUCCGCUUACAAGUGAUGACAUUGUCGACAAGAUGCAAUACUCACGCGACUGCACAUGUGACGAUUUUUGUCCAGAGUGCUCUGUUGAGCUCACGCUGGAUGUGAGAUGUACGGAGGACCAGACACGGCACGUGACCUCACGAGAUCUGCUAUCCAAUAACCCCCGAGUCAUUCCUGUCACAUCCAGAAGUCGAGACAAUGAUCCCAAUGAUUAUGUAGAGCAAGAUGACAUCCUUUUGGUGAAAUUGAGAAAGGGUCAGGAGCUGCGUCUCAGAGCAUAUGCCAAAAAGGGUUUCGGCAAGGAACACGCCAAGUGGAAUCCUACUGCAGGGGUGGCCUUUGAGUAUGACCCAGACAAUGCACUGAGACACACCGUUUACCCCAUUCCACAGGAAUGGCCUAAAAGUGAAUAUUCAGAAAUUGAAGAGGAUGGAAUUCAGGCUCCAUAUGAUCCUAAUGGCAAGCCAGAGAGGUUCUAUUACAAUGUUGAAUCCUGUGGUUCACUUCGUCCGGAGACCAUCGUCAUGUCAGCUUUUGCUGUGCUGAAGAAGAAACUAAGUGAUCUGCAGACUCAACUCAGCCAUGAAAUUCAGAGCGAUGUUCUUACCAUAAAUUGAUUUCUAAUAACUCAAUUUACAGUACUGCUUCUUUCUUUUUUUUUAGACUAGUAAGAACAUUACUCCUAAAAAGAUAUGUUUUCAGCUGUUUUGUCUUUUUUGUUGCAUCAACAUGGACAUUUCUACGAAUAAUAAAUGCUUAAACAACA